GGCGGGGCCGGGCGGUGCGCGGGCGGUCAGGGCCGUGCGCUCUCGAGGCGGCCGGUGCGCGAGGCUGCGGGUGUGCUUGAGCGGGCUGCCCCGGGCCCGCCGCUGCCAUGGACGGUCUGCGCCAGCGCUUCGAGCGAUUUCUAGAACAGAAGAACGUUGCCACCGAAGCGCUCGGGGCGCUCGAAGCCAGGACCGGUGUAGAGAAGCGGUAUCUCGCCGUGGGAGCCCUCGCCCUCCUAAGCCUGUAUCUUCUGUUCGGCUACGGGGCGUCUCUACUGUGCAAUGUCAUCGGAUUUGUAUACCCCGCAUAUGCUUCAGUCAAAGCCAUCGAGAGCCCAAGCAAGGAAGACGACACUGUGUGGCUAACCUACUGGGUGGUGUACGCCCUGUUCGGUCUGGUCGAGUUCUUCAGCGAUCUACUCCUGUUCUGGUUCCCUUUCUACUACGCGGGCAAGUGCGCCUUCCUGUUAUUCUGCAUGACUCCGGGGCCCUGGAAUGGGGCGCUAAUACUGUACCAUCGCGUCAUACGACCACUGUUUCUAAAACACCACGUGGCUCUAGACAGCGCCGUGAAUCAGCUCAGCGGAAGAGUGUUGGACGUGGCAGCUGGGAUAACUCGGGACGUACUGCAGGCCCUAGCUCGGGGUCGGGCUCUCGUCACCCCAGCAUCAACAACGGAAACCCCAGCCGCUCUGGAACAGGACCGUAUCCAAGACAAGUCAGACCCCGCUCUUGAAGCACAAGUGAGGUCCCAUGGCAGUCUGUGUGCGGAGCCCCUGGACAAUGACAAGGAACACACAGCUGACGCCCAGGCCUCUGACUCCUCCUUGGACUCCCACACGGAGACCCGACAUCAGCGCCGAGUCUCGAGCCCAAGCAAGCCGACAGGAAGCCCGUCACGGGCGGUGAACGGGCAGUCUCCGUCUCCAGUCAGCCCAGGUUCCACUAACGCGUCCCGGGGCCAGCUGGCCACCGGCUCAGUCAGCGGCUCCCAGAUUCCCAGCAAGGCCCGGGGCCAUCACAGCCGGGGCAGUGUGUCUUCCAGGCCGGCACAGCGUACCCGGCUGCCCAGUACCUCCUUGGGGUCCUCUCAACCGGCCAUGCGCUCUGGGGGAUUCGUACAGUCAGGGGUCCGGACCGCAGGAACUUCUCGGACAACAGGCCGUCACAUGGGAGCCAACCAGCAGAACCCUCAGGCCUCAGCCUCGGCUCAGCCGAGCGGCCGGUCAGCAGCAGCCACAGCAGCAUCGGCACCCACCUCCACGCAGCGCGUCAGCGUCUCCAACCAGGGCUCGCCCAGGGCGCAGUCGCCCAGCCCGUCCCCUGAUCACAACCAGGCUGGCAGCGAUCCAGGGGAUGCGGGUUCCAAGAACAACAAGCAGGGGCAGAAGAGCCAGGCCUCGGAGCUGGCCGCCACCAGCUCGGUGCCCGAGCUGGCCCCCUGUCACUCGGAUUCCUCUCUGGAGUAUAUGUCCGAGUCCACCACGGAGAUCACCUGUAAAUGGCCGGGUUAUAGUUACCAGCUGCGCUGCCCAAGGCACUGCUGGCUUUUACAGCACCUGGCAUACUAGGCCGCGCCUGGACCCCUGCCCACGGGAGCCACGCAAAAACACUAGACCACUGGAGCACCAUAUGAGAGCCACAUCCAACACCCGUCCACGAGAGCCACAGUGAACAUCUGCCCACCUACGGAACAAAAGCAAACAUCUGCCCACGCCACCAUGUGAAACACCCAGCCGCUGGGCCCCUACAUGUAAAACCUGCCCAUGGAUUCCAUGUGAAACAUCUUCCACGGGAGCCCCACAGGAAACACCACUGCAGUAGCACACGAAACACCAUCUGGGGUCCCACGUGUAACAUCUAUCCUCCAAGGCACGCAAUAAAGUCACCGGCUCAGGCUCC